AAAAUUCCGGCUGAAAAUUAACUAAUUUAAUUAACACCCAUGCAUAUGCACUGUUUCUGUGAGCUGUUGCGAGUAUGAAAUAGCCGGGGAAACGGACAAACACACACAAAAACCCUGGAACCAGAAGCCAAGCAAUCGAAGAACACAAGGAUGCUGCUCGUCGGCAACGCAAUCUGGAAGUGGAGCCGUCUCUUCGGUGCCCUGCUACUGCUGCUGGGAGUGCUCAGGACUGCCUCAGGCCUAUCCUCGCGGGUCCUGGAGCUGAGCGAUCGGUUCAUCGAUGUCCGUCACGAGGGCCAGUGGCUGGUGAUGUUCUAUGCCCCGUGGUGCGGCUACUGCAAGAAGACGGAGCCAAUAUUCGGUCUGGUGGCGCAGGCGCUGCAUGCCACCAAUGUGCGGGUGGGGAAACUCGAUUGCACCAGGUAUCCGGCAUCUGCGCGCGAGUUCAAGGUGCGCGGCUAUCCCACGAUAAUGUUCAUCAAGGGCAACAUGGAGUUCACCUACAACGGCGACCGGAGUCGCGACGAACUCGUGGACUAUGCCCUGCGCAUGUCCGGGCCGCCCGUGCAGCUCGUGACGCGCACAGAGAGCGUGGAUAUGCUCAAGGGAUCGCACACGAUCUUCUUCAUGUUCGUCGGCCAGCAGGAGGGCGUCGUCUGGGACACGUACUAUGCGGCAGCGGAGGGCUACCAGGAGCACGGCUUCUUCUAUGCCACCAGCGAGGACAUUGCCGCCCAGCACUUUGACUUCGAGAAGCUGCCGGCGGUUAUCGUCUACAAGGAGGAGCAGCACCACUUCUAUCCGCACGGCCAUGUGGCCCACGAGAUGGACCCCAACGAGGUGAACGAAACGAUCUUCCAGUGGGUCAAUGUGGAGCGGUUUACCCUCUUCCCCAAGGUCACGCGCUUCAACAUCCACCAGCUGCUGAAGACCCAGAAAUACCUGGUCCUGGCCGUCGUCCAGGAGGAUAAACUCAGCCAGAUCGCCACGCACGAGCUGGAGUUCCGCGACAUGGUCGAAGGCGUUAUCCGGAAGCACAGGCCGCGGUAUCACAACAAAUUUCAGUUUGGAUGGAUUGGCGAGCCCGCCAUCGCCCAUUCCAUCAUCCUGGACCAGCUGCCGACCCCGCAUCUGAUAGCGAUCAAUUCGAGCACCCAGCACCACUUCAUACCCGACGACGAUCCCAUGCAGAUGACGCCGCAGGCCCUCCACCUCUUCCUCGAGUCCAUCAGCAACGAGAGCGCCAUCGCGUAUGGCGGCGACACCUACUUUGUGCGCUGCAAUCGGGCGCUGUUCGAGCUGAAACGUUCGCUGAAGGACAUGUGGAAGGGGAAUCCCGUGCUGACGACCGUCAUCUUUGGCCUGCCGCUGGGCUUCCUCUUGCUGAUCAUGUACUCCAUAUUCUGCGGUGAUUGCCUCGUCACCGAGGAGGACCAGGACGAGGAUCACGAGAAAAAGGAGUAAUCCCAAUCUAGAGCAAUUUUUCUACUGCUUUCAUCUUAAGCCAAAGUCUAGUCCUAUGUUUAGAGAACUCUUUCCCAUCUCAUCUCGAAGGAUGCGAUGCGGAGGAUACAGCAUACAGAUCGAUCUCCCAUCCGCCUUUAGAGGUGUUUGCAUUUGCAUUUGCAGAUAUAGAAACGUGUUCCGUGUGCAUCUUGUUUUCGUUUUAAGUUAUUAAGAAAUAAAAGUAUUUAGCAAAGAGAAA